AUGGAAGCAAUCGCUGCAGAGCUACGGCCUGGGCGAACUCUUAGGCCAAGAGCUGCGAAGGCGCCGAAGACGGUGCUGUCAGAACAAGGCGACGAAUCGGACUUAACCUCCCUGGAGGAAGAGGCAGAGCACAUAACGAAGACUCCGAAGUUUCGUCAUAAGACUGUCCCACGGAACAAUAAGAAAGUGCCGCUUAACAAAGACAUGGAAGAAGCUUGCUCUGGCUUGGUUGAAGAUCUUUCCAAAGGAACGGGACCAAAGAAACGAAAACUUGAAGCUCCUGCUAUAGAAGAUGAUGCAGCGUCUUUUGAUGAGCACCCUUCCAAGAAGAAGCGUAAGCGUGCCCCUAAAGUAGAGCCCGUAUAUGUUAUUCCUGAGGUUGAGAGAAAGCAAACCACGUUCCGCGGGCGUCUGGGGUACGCGUGUUUGAACACUAUUUUACGCACCAAAAAGCCUGCAGAUGAGGCAGUAUUCUGCUCGCGGACCUGUCGCAUUGAUACCAUCAAAAAGAAUGGCAUAGAGUGGGUCAAGGACCUUGGUCGACGCAAUGUUGAAGAUGCGCUCAAGAUUAUCGAAUGGAACGAAGAAAACAAUAUACGCUUCAUGAGAUUAUCAUCUGAAAUGUUUCCGUUUGCCUCCCACGAACUGUAUGGAUAUUCCCUAGACUACUGUGCCCCCGUUCUAGCCAAGGUUGGCGCACUGGCAAACAAAUAUGGCCACCGACUUACAGUUCAUCCGGGCCAAUUCACUCAGUUGGGCUCUCCCAAGGAUUCGGUAGUCAAAGCCAGUAUCCGCGAACUUGAGUACCAUGCGCAGAUGCUCAACCUUAUGGGCAUUGGACCUGACGGUGUCAUGAUUAUCCACGGAGGAGGGGUCUACGGUGACAAAGAGGCAGCGCUCGCUAGGAUUCGCAAGACAGUCGAGGAGGACCUUCCUAAGAACGUCAGGGACCGCCUAGUACUAGAAAAUGAUGAGCUCUGUUAUAAUGCUGCAGAUCUCCUACCGAUAUGCGAAGAGUUGGACAUCCCACUCGUCUUUGACUAUCAUCACGACAUGCUCAAUCCAUCUCUAGAUCUCCCUCCCUCGGAGAUUAUUACACGCGCCAACGUAAUUUUUGCCAGGCGCGGCAUCAAGCCUAAGCAGCACUUGAGCGAACCUCGUGAAGGUGCCGUCACCGUCAUGGAACGUAGAGCACACGCGGAUAGGUGUCAGAGGCUACCCGAAGACUUGCCAGAUGAUAUGGAUCUGAUGAUUGAGGCAAAGGACAAGGAGCAGGCUGUCCUUCACUUAUAUCGUAUAUAUAAUCUACAGCCCGUCAUUCACGCAUCACUUCGACCCCCCGCUGUCAUUCAGACCAAGGAAACUAAGGGCCGUAAGUCAAACAGAAAGACCCGCUCCAAAAAGGAUGCCGUUGCAGGAGAACACACACUCGACGCUGACGCUAAGGGCCUCGAGAUGGGUGUCGGUAUAGAAGGAGACGAGGAAGAUGACGCAGGGGUCCUACAAAUCGUAAUCUCGGGAGAUUUUGUUCAGCGAGGUCCUUGA